AUGGGUACUGCCUUAGGGAAGAUAAAGUAUAUAUGUGUAGCUUUGUCAUCAACACCUCUUCUUGAGCCAUAUGUCAUUUCCUUUCUUCUUGAAAAACUCUCUUCUUCUCUGCCAUCAUCAAAGGUUGAUUCUUUAAAGUAUCUGAGCUAUUGCUCAUUGAAGUAUGGAGCAGACAGGAUGGCCAAACAUGCUGGAGCUAUUUGGAGUUCCAUUAAAAGUGAAAUGAGUACUUCAGUAAAAGAGCCUACUGAAGCUGUUACAUCAGAAUCAAUAAAUGGUCUUGGGUUUCAGGAAAAUGAAAUUGCAGCAGAAUCUUUAGUGCUUCUGGGAAAAGUUGUCUUGCAAAAUAACGAUUUAUAUUUAAGUUUGAUUCUGGAUGAUGAAGACAUUAGUAGAAUUUUCAACAUCAUCACAAGUUAUAGGAGUUACAAUAAUAUCCCAUUGGAAGGUAAAGAAAGGCUACAUGUUGUUGGUCGUAUCCUAUAUAUUACCUCAAGAACUUCCAUUGUUUCCUGCAAUAGAGUGCUUGAAACUUGUUUUCCCCGCUUGGUGGAGAUUCUGGAAAGAAAUUCAUCUAGGGAUCACUUCCUAAAUUUUGGAGCUCUAUAUCUGUGUGUGGAACUCCUUGCUGCAUGUAGAGAUUUGAUUCUAGACUCUGGAGAACUUGUUUCUAACUCUAUUUCAACUCACGAGGCAUGUUGUUGCAUCAUUCGGAACUGUUUUGAUUCAUUAAUUCAUAUUCUCUGCUCUACCCUUAUUGCAACUGCUAAUGAAGCUGUUCAUGAUGUGGAUAUUUACUUUAGAGUAAAGAGCUUGCAGAUUUUGGCUACAUUUCCCGAAGGUCAUUUACCGAUAUCAAAAAGUAUAUUCGAGAAUAUUUUGACAUCACUUGUGUUAAUUAUCCAGGUGGAUUUCAAACAGAUGCUGUUAUGGAAGCUUGCCGUGAAGGCAUUAGUUCAUAUUGGCUCUUUCAUCAGUAAAUGUAAUGAGUCGGAGAAGGCACUGAGCUAUACAAGUAUUGUUGUUGAAAAAAUUGUUUCAUCACUGUCUAGUGACAAAUUUACCCUGCCUUUUCCACUCAAACUGGAAGUGGUAUCUGAAUUAGGUGCAAGUGGACAGAAUCAUAUGCUGAUGAUUGUUCAAGGGUUGGAAGGGGCUAUAUUUGCUAACCUUGAUGAUUUUUUAGUCCAUGGGAAUAAAAAGUCUGCUGAAUUAGCAAUUCAACUCCUACAAUGCUAUUCUGAAAAGGUUAUUCUGUGUUUGAUUUUCAAAAUAUGUGUAUGUGUUACUGCUGAUGAGGCUACUAUUGCUGAAAUAUCUUGUCCAAAUGUUUCUUGUGUGUAG